UCCGUCCUCCCGCCGCAGGGGGCGCUGUCUGCUGCAGCAUCACCACGGCCCUCUGCUUCCGCUGCCUGGACGGACGAGUGUCGCAGAUUCGACAGAAAAUUUCGGCGGAGAAGAUGGAGGGACAGAAAGCAGCUGGUUCUGUGUUCAUGUGUCGGCUGUGCAACCUCUUCUCUCCCAGUCGCUCCCAGCUGCAGGACCAUUGUUCCCAGCUUCACCCCCAGCAGGAGCCUUCAGAUGACAUCAUCAUCAUGCUGCAUCCGCUCGCAGCUGAGCCUGUGGAGAGUCUGGCAGAAGGUCCAGUGAAGCGAAAGCGAGGGCGACCAAAAGGCUCUACGAAGAAGAUGCGCACAGAUUUGACAGAAGGCAAAGUAACCUCCUCCAAUGGUCCAGAGGAUAAAUCUGAAAAAGAACAAAAGCGGAACAAGGAUAAAGGAGAGCGACAAAAUAGCUCAGUAGAAAAUGCUAAAAGCCAUAAAGACAUGUCAGGGCUGGAGUGUAGGAGCUGCCGUCGCUCUUUCAGCAACAGGAGACAAAUCCUCAAACACAUCUGUCUGAGAGAAGAAGACGAAGACGAGGAUGAAGAGGAGAUGGGGACUAUCUCUGGUGGAGCAGAAGGUGAAGGUUCUGAGAAUUUGGAUCCUGGAGGAGCCGAUCCAAACCAAACCAAACUAAACGCAGCGAGAUCAGGACUGACGAGAGAGAAGGAUGUUGGGAACUUUAGAUCGCAGAGAAACAGUCGGAACCGCGUCUCUAAAGAAGGAGACCAACCAACAGGAAACAGAAAAUCGGUUAUCAGUGUCGUUCUGACAGAAGAUGAAACUCUUCCGGCAGGUGUUUUCAAAAUGGUCCCAGUAGAAGACAGUUCUACAGAAAUACAGUCUGCAGCAGCACAGCCUCAGUGUUCCGCAGCUUUCCAGUCUGAGUCACAGGAUCUUACAAGUGAAACUGCUGUAUGUGAUGAAGACCCUAAAACAGAACAGGAAACAAGCUCAACAACAACUACCGAAACCAGCAAAGGAUUCCAGGAAUAUUCUAUCAAGCAAGAUGCUGACAAUUUACAGCAGAGUCAGCUGAAGAUCUUUGCCUGUGAAUUCUGCAAUAAGAUCUUUAAAUUCAGACACUCACUGAUUGCUCACCUCAGGACUCACACUCAGGAAAAACCUUUUCAGUGUCCACACUGUAACUACGCUUCAGCCAUCAAAGCCAACCUGAAUGUUCACCUGAGGAAGCACACAGGAGAGAAGUUCAGCUGUGAUCAGUGUCCUUUCACCUGCCUCAGCCCCGGUCACCUCAAGGUCCACAUAGAGCGAGUCCAUAUGAAGGUGAAGCAGCACUGCAGCUUCUGUGAGAAGAAGUACUCUGAUGUGAAGAACUUGCUGAAUCACAUGGAGAAACGACACAACCUUAAAGACGCGGAGGUUCAGCAGAGCUACCAGCAGCUCAGGUUAAAGACCCGUCAGGGCCUCCGGCAGCUCCUUUACCACUGUUCUACCUGUAACCGGCGCUUUAAGAACCACCUGGUGCGAGACCGCCACCUGCUGGUCCAUGGGCCUCAGCGUCCCUUCGCCUGCCUGCUGUGUGACCACGUCACCACCAAGAUGGCCACCCUCGCCACUCACGUCAGGAAGCACCUGUUUCUGUACGUGUGCUGCGUAUGUGACAAGAAGUUUGUCAGCUCACAGAGGCUGAAGACUCACCUGAAGGAGUCUCACCCAGAACUGGACCAGAACCAGGCCUUCACCGACUCCAUCAACAGCAGCUUCUACGUGGUCCAGCCUGGAGGAGGCGUGUGGGGGAGCGAGGAGGACACGGAGAGAGGAGGGAAACCAGACCAGAGGACAGAGCAGGAGGGUGAGGAUGAACAUGUGAGAGAGGAGGGAGGAAGGAGUGAAGGAGGGCAGCUGAGUGAAGAGAGGGAGGAAGAUCAACCUCAGAAAGAAAGUGCAGAAGAAGUUCAGGUGAUAGAAGCAACAACAGGUUCCUCAGACAGACCAGAUGAAGCAACAGACAUGGAGACGUCUCAUGAAACAACAGAAACGUGCAACUCUGAAAGGCCUGAAGAGAAAACACUAGACUCUGCAGCUCCAGAGAGGAUCCACACCUUGACGUUAGAGGACAGAACUUCAGAAGAUGCUCAUCCAGCUGCUGAGAACACAAACACAUCUUCAUCAGCAGCUUCAUCAUCAGGACAUGUCAACUCCUCUGAAUCUACUCAUUUGUCUUCAGGCCCCCUGGUGGAUGAAAGUGGACUCUCAGAGAAGGUGUCGGAGGAUUUGAAUCAGAGUGCCUUCCAGCAGGUGCUUUCAUCUCUUCAGAAAACUCAGCUCAACAUGGAGACUUUCCAGCGGCUCAGGAAGAUUUACGGAGAACUGGAAUGUCAAUACUGUGGUAAACUGUUCUGGUAUAAAGUCCACUAUAACGUCCAUGUUCGCACACACACCAAGGAGCACUCGCAUUACUGUUCAAAGUGCAGCUACUCCUCGAUCACCAAAAGCUCUCUGAAGCGACACCAGAUCCAGAAGCACAGCGACCUGCAGCUGCCUUGUCCCAACCCCGGCUGUAAAUACACAACUCCUGAUAAGUACAAGCUUCAGGCUCAUCUGAGGACGCAUCAGGAGAAGGGGAGGAGUGCAGCCUGUCCUGUUUGCCAGCACAGUUAUCCAGAGAAUCGACUUAAAAACCACAUUAAAAAAUCCCACCCUGAUGCGCUGCCGGCUCAAGGUAAAGGACUGAUGGUGCAGCGAGCAGAGAAGUGUCCUUACUGCGACUCCUACUUCCUGAAGAACAGCAGCGACUUCCAGCAGCACAUCUGGGCCCACCAAGGUUUGAAGCCUUACCUCUGCAAUGUUUGUGACUACGCUGGUCGCAGUCGCAGUAACCUGAAGACUCACAUGAACCGACACAACACAGAGAGACGCCACCUCUGUGAUCUGUGCGGGAAAAAGUUCAAAUCUAAAGUCACCUUAAAGAGCCACAGACUGAGUCACACAGACGAAGGGAAGCGGUUCCAGUGUUCAGAGUGCGACUUCACCUCCGUCUCUAAACCAUCUUUACUUCGACACAUGGAACAACACGCUGAGUUUAAGCCGUUUCGUUGCGCUCUCUGCCACUAUUCCUGCAACAUUGCUGGAGCUCUGAAGCGUCAUUAUAACGGCAAACAUCCUGAUCAGAAAUAUGAGAACGCCGGACCUGGUCUACCAAACCCUGACACUCUGAAACAGCAAGGUGGUAUGAAGUGUCCUGAAUGUGAGUUUGUUUAUGGCACAAAGUGGGAGCUGAACCGUCACCUGAAGAGCAAACACAGCCUGAAGGUGGUUGAAGGCACCUGGGAGGUGGAGGAGGAAGUAGAAGCUCAGUAUGUGUCUGUGGAGGAAGAAGAACAUCUGACUGAAGCACCUUUAGCAGCCCUGCAGGACAACGUUAACAUCCAGCAGAUCACUGAAUUCACAUCAGAGACUCAGGAUGCUGUUGCCUCCAUGGUUGCCAUGGCACCAGGCACGGUGACCGUCGUACAGCAGUUGCAGGUUGCUGAUGAGCAGGAAGUCGGCAGCAACCAGCUGAUGGUUCUGAACGCAGAAGGAGAUUUAAACGGAGAUCAGGUGAUGGUGGUGGAAGACGCUCACGGCCUGGAGGCCCUGACAGUCCUCACUCAGGGAGAAAACGCUCAUCAUUAUAUCGUCUACGUCCAGGAACACACUGUAGAGAUCAACUAGUGAUGUUAACAUCAAUAACCAAUCCAUCAUCAGAUUUAUUUCAUGGUAAUUAUGAGAAGAAUUAAUGCAACUUUGUGGUAGGAUUAUGUGGCAUAUUUUGCACUUUUCAGAUGUGUAUAUAUAUAUAUAUA